GAAAGAAGUGAGCUGAUUGGUUACUAUGGGCAACUCAGCAACUCUUCCUCUUGACAGGCAAUGGCCACAUUAUUCUUAGGACUGUUUUGAAAGCAGCUGAGACAUGUGAUAAUAAUUAGUCAUCUGGAAUGGGUGGAGACCCCAGAGAGGAGAAACCAAUGAGGCCAUGGUGGGAAGGGGGAAGCUACACUAAAAAGAGAAUUUUACAAGACAGUGUUAAUUCUUACAGCAGAAAAAUUCUUACGCACCCAGUAGAAGACAAGUUUCUGCCAUAAUGUCAGCGUCAUUGGAAACUACUUCUAAAGAUAAAGCCUAUAAAGGUCGAUUAUCAGUCCCACGAAAUGUAUCUAAUGCAGAUGAAGAUGAGAUCCCUCUUAUGGAAACAUUUGGGGUCGUCCCAAGAACUUUUGAGAAGAAGGAUUACCUGGAAGUUGAAAAUGUAGAGCUAUUCAAGCAGCAAUAUGGAAAAAAUAAGAAAGAACAUCACACAGAUAGAUAUUUCAACAACAAACUCAUCAUACGGCGCGGACAGACCUUUGAUAUAAGGAUUGACUUUAAUCGACCAUAUAACCCAGAGAAAGAUCAGUUUUGGGUGGAAUAUGUUAUUGGUCGAUAUCCACAGCAGAGUAAAGGCACAUAUAUACCAAUUCCUAUUGUGGAAGAAUUGGAAGUAGGAAAAUGGGGAGCAAAAAUUAUUCUUAAUGAUUUCAACUCAGUCACUUUAAGAAUAUUGUCAGCACCAAACUGCAUCAUUGGCAAAUUCCGCAUGUAUAUUGCUGUUUUAACCCCUUAUGGAAUCCUGAGGACCCCCAGAAAGUCUGACACAGACACUUACAUUCUCUUCAACCCUUGGUGUAAAGAGGAUGCCGUUUACAUGGAUGAUGAAAAGGAGAUAGAAGAAUACGUCAUGAAUGAUGUUGGUGUGAUUUUUCAUGGAGAAGUAACCAAUAUAAAGAAAAGAAGCUGGGAGUAUGGACAGUUUGAAGAACAGAUACUUGAUGUUUGCCUGUUUUUAAUGGACAAAGCUGAACUUGAUCUUUCUGGCAGAGGAAAUCCUAUAAAGAUCAGCCGCAUCGGAUCUGCGGUGAUAAAUGGCAGAGAUGAUGAUGGAGUGGUUGCAGGAAGCUGGAAUAAUGAUUAUACUUAUGGGGUAUCACCAUCUGCUUGGACUGGAAGUGUAGAGAUCCUGCUGGAAUACUAUAGCGCUAAGGUGCCAGUAAAAUAUGGCCAGUGCUGGGUCUUUGCUGGUGUGUUUACCACAUUCCUGCGAUGCCUUGGAAUUCCUGCCCGGCUUAUUACCAAUUAUUUUUCUGCCCAUGACAAGGAUGCCAAUGUGCAAACCGAUGUCUAUCUGGAUGAAGAUGGUAAAACUAACACCGUACUUACAAAGGACAGUAUCUGGAAUUAUCAUUGCUGGAAUGAGGCCUGGAUGACCCGACCAGAUCUUCCAGUUGGAUUUGGAGGGUGGCAAGCAGUAGAUUCCACACCUCAGGAAACCAGUGAUGGAAUGUAUAGAUGCGGCCCUGCCUCCGUCCAGGCUAUUAAACACGGUCAUGUUUGCUUCCAAUACGAUACACCUUUCCUCUUUGCUGAGGUUAACAGUGACAUUGUAUAUUCCAAGGUAAUGAAAGAUGGAACGAAAGAGGUUCAGUAUAUAGACAAAUCUCAUGUGGGACAGAAAAUAUUUACUAAAGAAAUAGGAGGAGACAGCCCACAUGAUAUAACUGAUCUGUACAAGUUUUCAGAAGGUACUGAAGAAGAGAGACUGGCACUUGACGCUGCACUCAUGUAUGGUGUCAAAAAGGAAUUUCGAGAUGAGGAACAGUUUCUAUCUGGUCUUGACACUACAAUGGAAUUUCAAGAAGAUAAUGCUGUGUUUGGCAGUGACUUCAAAGUCACUUUGACAUUCAAAAACCAAAGUUCAAACCGUUACACAGUGUCAGCCUUCCUAACGGGACAUGUGGUGUUUUAUACGGGGGUCCAGAAAGCAGAGUUUAAGAACAAGACCCUCCAAGUGAUCUUGGACCCACUAUCUACCAAAACUGUGGAUGUUCAAAUAAGAGCCGGGGAGUACAUGAGCAAUAUAGUGGAGCAGGCAUCCCUACAUUUUUUUGUCACAGCUCGCAUUAAUGAAACAAAGAAGAUAAUGGCCAAACAGAAGAUUGUCGUAUUGCAAGUUCCAGAGUUACGCAUUAAGACAAUUGGAGAGAAGAUGGUUGGGAAAGAAAUAAGAGUGGUUUUAGAGUUCACAAAUCCAUUGAAGAAAAAGCUCCAGAAUGUGGUCUUGCGUAUAGGAGGGCCAAGUCUUAUGCAAACCAAAACUCAGGUUUACCGAGAAGUCCUUGCAAAUGCAUCUGUGACUUGGGAAGAGACUUGUACUCCAAGGGUAGCAGGCAAGAGGAAACUUAUCGCAACCCUUGAUUCAGAAACUCUUCGACAUGUAUAUGGAGAGCUGGACUUGGAGAUCUUACCUGGAGGCUAUUAGUAACAGCAUUUUGUAUUCCAAUUCAUAUAUUUACCAAAAAUAAAAAUCAUUAGAAAUAUUAGUAAACAAAGCCAUUACCCACUACAAGAUAUAUACCUAUACAUUUGUCAUAUUACCUUUGUGUUGUGCUAACUAGACAUGAGCUAUUCGAUCUGGCAUGAAUUGGAUUCAAUCUGAAUUCCACAAAAAAAUAUCUGUACUCUCUGUAAUUCAUUUUGAAUUGUUUUGUCCCUGCUCCUGUAAAGUGAAUGGCCCAGUGGUCAGCUGUGAUGCUGUAUGUAUCCAUUUACUGCAUUCACUGGGCUGGGUGCCCUGCACAGUUCCAAUCUGCUCAAUUUAUUGUGCAGGAGCAGGGACUCCCCUUAACAAAAAGUCCCUGCCCCUGAACAUACUUUGCAUGGGCAAUCACAGACAAUCAGAACAUUUCCAAAUCAGGAUCCAAAUCUGAAACAAAUCUGACAGCCUGAAUUAAAGAGACCUGUAAACUUAAUUUUUUUUAUUGAAGAAAAUAAAAAAUUUGAAAAAAAUAAAACCACAUCCAUGGAAAUAAUGCAGCAUCUAUCACACAAAUGCAACCAAUAUUGAUAUUUUUCAUGCAUUAGCAGAAUUUUUAUGCUGCCCAAACUGGUGCUUUUCAGAGUAAUCAUAGUUAAAAAAUGACACCUGAGUAAAUAGUUCUCGGGGCAGUUCCGGUAGCACCCGCCCGCUCGGUCAACUUAAGUGACGUGUCUCUCCCUAGCAGUGAAUCGGGAAAGAUGCAUCACUCAAGCGCUGCAAUUCCUGCACCAGUGUUAUGCUGCCCGUGGUUUGGGAAGCAUAAAACUGAUGACAGGUUCCCUUUAACAUUUGACACAAGAAAUAGUUGUUCCCCUCAGCUUCUUCUCUAGUGCACCUGCAGCCAGCACAGACAUCAAAAUAACCCAAUAAUGAUGAGGUACCUUAUAUUAAGAAAUGUUAAGGGUGAUGAGAAAUGCUGCCUUAGGGUCAAUUCACACGUACAGUAUUCUGCGCAGAUUUGAUUUGCAGGAUUUCAAGUCAUUCAGUUUACAUUGAAAUCUGCAGCAGAAAAUCCUGCGCAUCAAAUCUGCCCAGAAUACUGUACGUGUGAAUAGACCCCUAAAGAGCACCUGUCAUUUGGGAAAACUUUUCACAUGUCCUCGCGAGAUCUGAGCGUUUAGACCUCCACCGAUCAGGAAAAUGAGACAAAAAAUGUACACUUUCACACGCUUCUUUCCCUGCUCUGUAUUACAUGAUCAAAACAUUCUCCUUCCACUUACAUUGUGAGUUUAUCUUGAUCAAGUGACACGGAGCUGGAAGAGAAUAUGCUGGGAGCGAAAUUCAUUCUCCUGAUCGGUGGAGGUCUGAACACUCAGACCACCACCCAUCCAAAUUUUUGGAUAUGUCGCUAGGAUCUGUCAAAAGUUUUUCCAAAUGACAGUGGCUAUUUCAAUAUUUAAGGGGUACUCCGCCCCUAGACAUAUUAUCCCUCAUCCAAGGGGGGGGGGGGUUCGGGGUCUGACCGCUGGGACGCCCCACGAUCUCCGGCCCAGCACCACGGCAUUCUAAACAUUUAUGUACUUAAAGGCGGUUUUGGGCGUUAACAUCACACCCCCUCCAUUCCUGUUUAUGGGAGGGGGCGUGACGGCUGUGAUCACUCGACCACAGCUGUCGUGCCCCCUCCCGUAGACAUGAAUGUUUAUCCUUUUUUAGGGUACGUUCACGCGAGCGGAUCCCCAGCGUGUAUUACGCUGCGUAUCUGCCGCUGAAGGCCCGCUGUAUGCUGCCUUUACGGGUGCCUGCUCGGAGCGGCAAUACGCCGCUACAAGCAGACACACUGAAGUGAUGUGCGAGUCGUUGCGCAUGCGUGGUGUACUCGCACACACCGCGGAAGCUCCCCCUGCUCUAUGAGCCAGGCCGAGAGCUGCCGCGAUGUGCGAGUAUUUCACACAUCGCCAUGUGUCUGCUUGUAGCGGCGUAUUGCCACUCCGAGCAGGCAGAUCCGCAGCAUUAUACGCGCUGGGGAUCAGCUCGUGGGAACGUACCCAUAAUGUACACAAAGACAGAAAAAAAACCUCAAAUCAUAUUUGCUCUUAUUUGGCUUUUCUAAGGGGAAAAAAAAGUGACAUAGAAAUUUUUUUAUAUUCAUGAUAUGGAUAGAAACACAUGGAAUUUAAAUGGAGAUCCCUGUGGUUUCAAAGUGAGAUUUAUAUGUAAGAAAACAUGCAUGCACGCCAAAAAUAUACAGGGCAUAAGCUGACUACACAAGUCUGUACCCAUCUCUUCUCCAUGUUUGACUAGAAAUGAACAAAUACCAGAAUGGUUUCCAUGCCAUGGCAUCAUAUAUGUAUCUAGCAAUCCUAUUCAUUCAUUUUGUAUUAGUUUUGUCUUAGUCCAGUUUGUUUACUCUGUAGCCUUAACCCAACCAUCCUUUAUAAAUGCACACAUGUAUUCCAAUGUAUUCACUCUAUGAUGAAAAACGUUUUAUUUGCUUUUAACUUUUUGUAAUCUUUAUUCAAAUA